CAAAUUUGCUAAACCUGGGUCCAAAAUAAGUGACUACAGUGUUUAUGAUGAUGCUGAUUUAUGGGGAGAUGUCUGCAAAGACUUGGAAGUGCCCAAUACAUUUGCAAAUCGGGUAAAAAUCCGUAAAGCCACUGCAGAUCUUUGGAAGGGCUCCUGGGAGAUUUUCACAAAAGAUUUAAAGGAUGACAGUCUUCGUGCUGAAAAAGAGUCUUCAGAUGAAAAGGACACUUCAGAGAUCGAGAGUGGCUCAAAAGUGAGACAUGAUCAUGAUGUUGAGGACAGACCUUGUGGAGUGCAAAAGUCCUCCUCGGAUGGAAGUGAUGUGGGAGACUGGGAGUCUCCACUUUUGGAGCAAGACAAUGAAAGUUUAUCUUCUUUUGAAAAGGACACAUUGCCUGAAAGUGACACUGCAAUCACAAGUCAUCUGGUCUCCUGUGAGAAUUUGACAACAGCUUUAAAAGGUAGUCCACAUGCUAAAAAGGAGUUUGAAUCUUCGGAUCAAAAGGAUAAUGACAAGGAAUCUGACUUGGCUGAAUCUGCUUACAUUUCUACAGAAAGCAGUGAGGCAGAAGAUAAAUUCUUUAGAUGUAGUUUGCCACAGGAGCCAUGUUUCUUUUUUAUUGACAAAAAAGAAUGGCAAGACCUGAGAAAGCAUCAGAAAGGAAGAUGUUUUCAAGGAUUACAGUGGACAAAUGUAAUUGCAAAGGGAAUAAGGUCAAUUCACCCGUACUGCAGUUUUGGUUUCAAACGCCACAGCGUCAAAACCCUGCAGUCACUAAAAACCACUCCCCUAUUCAAAUGCACGGGCUACUGCCGUUUUGAAGAUUGUCCCAUUAAUGUUACUGUGGAAGUCACAGAUGAGGUCACCCUGAAGACUGCUGUGCUAUUCACAGGGGGAGAUGUGUGCCACAGUACCACUGAACUAAAAGGGAGGCCAGUGCGUGCAGAUGCACGUUCUUCUACUGGAGAAACUCUGGAAACCAAACUACCCAGAAGUGUUUAUUUGGAUUCCAUGCAAAAACUCCCAGAGAUGGUGAUGCAGUCUGGGUGCAGAGAUGAAGCGCCAACAAAAGAGGUUCUGAAAACCAUUUCAUGGAGCCAAAGAAAACUGAAAAGACCUCAUUCAAAUGAACUUCUAAGUCUCCAAAUGCUAAUUAAUGAAAAGAAGGGCUCAGACAAUGAAGUCCUCCAGAGAGUCAUGAUGCACCCAAAGGGCAUAAUGAUGUGGUCAAAGAAAACACUAUCAGUGUUUUACAAAAGGUGCAAGGAGGACAUUGUCUAUCUGGAUGCAACUGGAAGUAUAAUUCAAAAAGGAAGCUCCACAAGUCCACCAUACUAUGUGUAUGAAUUAGUUGUGCGUAAUCCUUCCAAAGGGGCAUCUCCUCUUCCAGUUGCAACCUACCUAACUUGCGACCAUACCACAGCCUCUGUCACAUACUUUUUGCAGGCUUUUCAAACUGACAUGAUAAAGCUGUAUGGGAAAAAGGCAGUCAAAAGGCCAAUUAUGAUCAUUUGUGAUGGCUCCCUUGUGCUUCUAAAUUCCAUUUCUUUUACGUUCUGCAAACUAAGUCUGGAGGAUCUUCUGCAGAAGUACUUUGAAGUCAUCACUGGCCAAUACCAGGCAGAACAUUUUGAUCUUCCCAUCCUUCAUAGAUGCUUAAGCCACAUAAUGAAAAAUGCAAAGGAUCUGUGCAAAAAACAUAUGCAAAGACACUACAAGCUUGGAAUGCACACAUUUGGGCUACUUGCAUGUUCAACCAAUCUAAAGCAGAUGGAUGAGGUGCUUCUCAGUGCCACAGUUGUGUUUUGUAGUCCGUGCAGUGGAGACAAUGUGGCAAAGCAUUACAACAACUUAGUAGUGCUUAUGCAACAAGUGGGAAAACUGGAAUUUGAGGAAGAAAACAUUGCUGCUGAGGACUACAAGAAUGAUGUGGGAACCACAGCUCUCGAGAGCCACUUCCAGCAGGUAAUAGAGAGAGCACCUCUUGACCUUGAUGGCGAAGAUAACAACUAUCAUGCUCCAGCAUUCAUUGCAAGAUUGGCCAAGUACUUCCUCCCACAUGCAACUCUGUGGGUCCUGGUCUGA